AUGGUCUACCUGGUGUGCAAGAAGACCACCGACACGAAGCCACGCCAGACUCCCGCCGUGGCAGCAGGAGUACCCCAAGGAGAGACUCGAGCGCCUUCCAGCGUAGACAAGACCGGGGCUAACAAUGCGUGGCAAAGCCGGAAGGCCAAGAACGAUGGCUAUUCCACCGACGGCGGAGACAAGAACAGCAGUAGCAAGAAGCGCCGUGGAAGCAAUGGUGGCAAGGACAAUCGAGGAGAGGCUUCCAAGGGCAAUGCAACCAGAGAGGAUCUACCGACAACAGUCUCUGUCGAGACUACUGUCUCAUCCCUGCCGUCACCAACCUCAGCAGCCGCCACCAAACCCCUGUCGUCUCCGCCCAACCGGUCGGGCGACACGGCUGGCAUGGCCCCGUCCGUCGAGUUCCAUCUCUUAAGGCAGGCCAGGGAAGCAGCCAAGAAGGAAGCCGCGGCGAGCGGCGGAGGGAGGAGACCCCGAGCUCCAUCCCGCCGGGCCCUGGAGGCAUCGGGGCAGCUGAAGCACGACGGUGCUCAAUGGAUGACGCGGGAGAGAAAAGCGGAAGAAGCUAGGAUCAAAGCUGAGCUAAGAGAGCAGAGAAGGCAGUACAAGGCGGCGGGCUUCAAGUCUGGAGUUGUGCUGGAGGCGUUCGUGGCGAAAGCGGCGGGGACCGGGACAGUGGGCGACGGCGUCGGUGGCGGCGUUGCAGGAAAAAUUGGAGUGGGGUCGGCAACAACAAAGCACGGUCGUGAUCCCGCCUGGCAGAAGGUGUCACCGGAAAUGCUCGCGGCCUCUGCGGAACAGGAGCAGGCCACGGAGAAGGAGGAGUUACUUUCAGCAUCGGCAGAAAAAAGGCCUUCAAAGCGACCCAGGCCACCCGCAGCGCCCAACAGCACACCUCGUUCCGAGUCCCCCAAUAUGGUAGAGGACUUGUCGGGCGUUCUGGACGGUCCUUCGUCCAACAGGGUGGCGUGACGUGGCGGUGUUGGUGCUGUCGCUGGUAUCAGCGCUCGAGCCGCCAAGACCGGCACUGAGUGGAGUUCCAGAAUUCUCGAGCCACGACACAAUUAAUGAUGGCAGGGAG